AGCGACAAGUGUGGCGAAUAGCUCAAUGUGAGAGACGGAGACCGGGCUGUUGGAACUGUUGUGUCCCAUCUUCGUGCUCAAGAUGGACCUGGUGCCAGCGCCAGACCGGGAGGGCUCGUCGUUCAAGACUCCGGUGAUUGAGGUGGCAGCCGUCGACAUGUCCGCCGCCGGCGCAGAGGCGGGAGCACCGCCCGCCCAUGUGGAGGAGGAGGCGGCCGUGCUGGAGAACGAGGCGUCGCAGUCGGAGUUGGAGACGGACAGCGACGCCUCCGAGGAUGAUUGGGAGACCCAUUCCGUUUAUGAAGAUGCUCUUCAGUUCAUACGUGAUGAUCAGCUGCGCGAUGGAGUCGUGCCUGAUGCCUGUUCGCUGGACGAAGCACUCGCGUUUCGCCAACGGUUACAUGAGAUAGGCAAGGCGGCGUUCGUUGAAGAAACAAUUGUGCAGGAGUCCAUCAGUGCGAAGAAACUAUGCACUGCUUUCGGCAUAUUGCCACCGCCGUUCCUUGAAGGUGCGCCAGAUCAGGCGUAUCACCCUCUUUUGGCGAUAGCGAUCUCGCGGGAGUUCUCGCGACGCCAAAAGCUUCCGCAGUACAAUACGGUGGAAGAUGCCGUGAAGCUGUUGAAGGAGUCAAAGAAUAUUGUUGUCUUGACCGGCGCAGGUAUCUCCACCAGUCUUGGAAUACCCGACUUUCGUUCCAAAGAUACUGGCCUGUAUUCCAAACUUGCGCACCUCGGUCUGAGCGACCCGCAGGAGGUUUUUGACAUUCACAUCUUUCAUGAAGACCCAAGCAUAUUUUUCUCUGUCGCAAAGGAUAUCCUGCCCACCGAGAAGAAAUUCUCGCCCACUCACGCGUUUAUUCGUCUUUUACAGGAGAAAGGUAAACUUCUGACGAACUACACCCAGAACAUUGACAACAUCGAAGCCAAUGCGGGGGUAUCUCCUGACAAGAUCGUUCAGUGUCAUGGCUCCUUUGCCAAUGCCACUUGCAUCAAAUGCCAGUACAAGGUCCCGGGGGAAGCAAUCUAUGAAGACAUCAGAAAUGGUGUCAUCCCCGAAUGCCCGGCUUGCAAGAAACAGAUCUCGGAGGAGGCGUUGAAGCCACACGGUCUUAAGCGCAAACGCAGCUCCAAUGGGGUUCAUAAGAAGCGCAAAAACAACGAUCAGGACGAUAGCUCCUCUGACGAGGACUAUGACAUUCCUACCCCUGGAGUAAUGAAGCCUGAUAUCACAUUUUUCGGAGAGGACUUGCCCGAUGAGUUUGGCCGCCGUCUGAUCGAGCAUGACCGUGAAAGGGUCGAUCUGGUCAUCGUCAUCGGGACCUCUUUGAAGGUAGCCCCCGUAGCAGAAGUGCCGGGCGUACUACCGCGCCACAUCCCACAAAUCUACAUUUCUCGCACUCCCGUCUCUCAUAUCGGGUUCGAUAUCGACCUCCUUGGGGACUGCGACGUCGUUGUCUCUGAGCUUAGUCGUCGAGCCGGGUGGGAUCUGAAACAUGACAUGAUCCCUCCGGACGAGAAAGUAGAGGUCACUUCGGAAGAAGGAUACGAUUCACGACAUUCAUUCAAAGUUGUCAGGGCAUAGCGGUGGAGUUGGGAUGGCUAUUCAAUCGUUCGUUGCUUUGGUUUGCUGUUAUUAAUGUUACUUCCUUGGACAAUUGACGAGUCGCUUUAUGUUUGCACAUUUAUUCGCUUCUGUCGGUCUGCUUCUCCUCGACUUUUGAUUCCCAUAUUAAUCAAAUAGAUAAUAAAGUGUAUACAAGAGUGCUUACAGCUGUGAUUCAGCCUGGGUAUGUGGAAUAUCAUAGAAAAAAUAUUUCUUAAGAG